UGGAUCGUUGCGGUUCGUAAAUUUUCUAGGACCAUUGAAUAAGUCACUAAACGUUCGUAAAAUGGCUGAUGAAGUUAAGGCUGCACAGGAAGCAAAUCCUGGUGCAGACACGAUUUUCGGCAAAAUUUUAAGGAAAGAGAUUCCUUGUAAUUUCAUUUACGAAGAUGAUCAAUGCGUAGCAUUUCAUGAUGUUAGUCCACAAGCUCCUGUUCACUAUCUUGUCAUCCCUAAGAAGCCUAUCCAGCAGUUAUCAAAAGCUAGUGACGAAGAUGAACAACUUUUGGGACAUUUGUUGUUGGCUGGAAAGAAGGUUGCUGAUCAGCUCGGCUUGAAUAAUGGAUAUCGUGUAGUUAUCAAUGACGGAAAGCUUGGAGCUCAAUCUGUUUAUCAUUUACAUCUUCAUUUCUUGUCAAACAGACAAAUGGGAUGGCCACCAGGUACGGUCCAUAAAACAAGUUUGAUUAAUAGCACCGCCCACGACUCAACCAUGAUAAAGUUUCUGAUUACACUAGGAAUUGGAGUCUAUUCUGGCAUAUAUAUCGCUCAAAAUUAUGAUGUACCAAAAGUAGACGAUCCAUCAAAAGUUUAUGAGAAAUUCAUGGCUUUUAUUGAUGAACAAAAAAAGACAGCAGAAGAUUUGAAGAAAAAAGUCGACAAAUAAGGAACUGAAUGCUGAAUAUUCAUAAUAAGAGCGUGCAUUUGAUUAUAAUAUUAUUGAAUCUAUGAUUCGAUUGUGGCUGGCGAUAGUUUAACUAUUUAUUGUGGAGCUAAAUCAUUCUCAAAUAAAAUUUUAUUUUCGAAAAAUUAA